UAUGUUUGCUUUAAGAACUUCCCUAGGACUCAAAGACGCCAUUGAAGUAAUCGAUCUCACUAAAAACUUCAAAAGAAAUCACGAUUAAUCGUCUCAUUUGAGUUGCGUUAAUUUCGAAAGCUUGUGGAGAUGGCUGAUAACAGGUGGGCUGUCGUGGUAGGUUGCAACUACGGUAACAGCCCAGUAGAGGACCGUGAAAAACUACGUGGUUGCAUAAACGACGCAAAAGCGAUGCGUCGUCUGCUCAUAGAGCUCCUCGGAUUUCAUCGGAGUCACAUCGAGCUCCUGAAAGAUGAGCCUGGUUCACAGAUCCUGAGUACUGGUGCCAACAUCAAGCAGGCGCUUGAUAAAAUGUCUGACAAGGCGAAGCCUGGUGAUAUCCUCUUCUUUUACUUCAGCGGCCACGGUACCCUUGAUGAAGAUUCUGGCGAACAGGGAAUUGUGGGUUGCGAUUUGAAUGUCAUCACUAAAUAUGAGUUCAGGCAACUGGUAAACCGCCUUCCAAGAGGAGCAAGCUUCCAUAUGGUCUCGGAUUCCUGCAAUAGCGGUGGCCUCAUCGAUAAAGAGACACUGCAAAUCGGACCGCGUUCACCAUACACUUGGACUCCCCAAACAGGACCGCUUCCGCACAACGCCAGAGCCAAAACCAUUUCCUUCGAAAAAAUAAUUGAACACCUUGGUGCUUCAACAGGAAUUGGAACAUCCGAUGUCAACGCCCUCAUGCGACAUGCCUUUGGAGAUGAUGCCAGCCUUAGUUUUCGUCGAUCGGAGCAGCAGCUCUCCUCGGAUAGACAGCUGGAGCCUGACCGGGGGGUUCUGCUUAGCGGGUGCCAGUCGAACGAGAUAUCUUUGGAUCGGCCGUUUGACGGGAAGUAUCAUGGAGCAUUUACUCAUGCGCUAAUUCGAGCGGUGCGGUCGAAGAAGAGUGAUUAUUGGUGCAGUAAUAGAGCCAUUGUGACGUCGGUCAGGACAGUUUUGGAGGAUAUGGAGAAGCACGACAAUAAUCCACGCCCUCAACACCCUUGCCUCUAUAGCAGUGAUGCGAAUGCCGAUGCAGGUUUCGCGGGGACGAUAGAACGGGAGUGUUGGAAAUGGGAUCCGAACAGCAAAACUAGGUGAGUCGAGAAGUAAGGCAAGGACUCUGACUAUCAUCUUUCGAAAUUUCUUGUGUUUGACUUCCAAGGUGUGGCAUUCUUGGUUUUCAUUUGAAACGUUUGUGCCAGAUACUUGGAUUUUCUUUUGUUAUUGUUGGUUCAUGGGAUGGUCGUGCCCUAUGCUGUUAAUUUGACUUAUUUGGCUUUAAGUUUGUUCCAAAUAAAUUGUUAAAAACAGCUAUCGUGGUUGUGCCCCAUGGUGUUGACUUGGACCUAUUUGGCUUUGAGUUUGUUUCAAAUAAAAAACAACUACCCUCGUUUGGUGUUUUGUGGCA